AUGGCUUCCGACGAGGAGAAGAACUCCGCCAAGUUCAUGAACAACAAUGAAAAUGCCGGCGAAAAGUACCUCGCCGACAAUGGCGACAUUGCUGCUGGUCACACCACUGACAACGCUGAUGGUUUGCACCGUCUUCUCAACAACCGACAGAUUCAGCUCGUCGCCAUUGGUGGCUCCAUCGGUACAGCUCUUUUCGUGAGUAUCGGUGGUGGUCUUGCCAGAGGUGGCCCUCUUGGUCUCUUCCUCGCCUAUACAAUCUACUCCGGUAUUCUCGCCUGUGUGAACAAUGGUAUCGCCGAAAUGACUACUUAUAUGCCUGUUUCUGGUGGCUUCAUUCGUCUCGCCGGUUAUUGGUGCGAUGAUGCUCUUGGCUUCAUGGCUGGUUGGAACUUCUUCCUUUACGAAGGCCUUCUCAUCCCAUUCGAAAUCACUGCUAUCAACCUUGUUCUUUCCUACUGGAGCCCCAAGAUUACAGACCCAGGCCCUACAGCUGGUAUUUGUAUUGGUGUCAUCAUCCUAUAUGCUCUCCUCAACAUUUUGGCUGUAAAGGCUUACGGUGAAGCCGAAUUCUGGCUUUCGGGCGGCAAGGUCAUCCUUAUCCUGAUGCUCUUCAGCUUCACUUUCAUUACAAUGGUCGGCGGCAACCCUCAAGGCGAUGCCUAUGGUUUCCGCUACUGGAGUAACCCUGGCCUCUUCUCCGACGUUUAUGGUACCGACUCUCUGGGACGCUUCGAGGGUUUCCUUGCUGCGCUCUGGAGUGCUGGUUUCACCGUUGUCGGUCCUGAAUAUAUCUCAAUGGUGGCUGCUGAGGCUAAGCGACCCACCGUCUACAUCAAGGCUGCCUUUAAGACGGUUUACUACCGAUUCUGCUUCUUCUUCAUCAUGGGCUCUCUCGCCAUUAGUGUUAUUGUACCCUACAACUACCCCCAGCUCGUUGACAUCUUUGUUAAUGGCACUGAGUCAAGUGGUACUGCUGAGGCGUCUCCAUAUGUCAUGGCUAUGGGCAUCCUCAAAGUCGACGUCCUUCCUCACAUCGUCAACGCCCUCCUCCUCACCUCAAUCUUCUCAGCUGGUAACACAUACACCUACUGUGCCACUCGAUCGCUCUACGGUCUCGCUCUUGAGGGCCGUGCUCCCCGAAUCCUUCGAAAGACAACCGCCUCUGGUGUUCCAAUCUGGUGCUUCUGUGUCGUCAUGCUGUUCCCCAUGCUUUCCUUCCUUCAGUGCGGCAGCGGUUCCGCCAAGGUCCUGAACUGGCUCAUCGCUCUCAUGACUGCCAGUGGUCUCAUCAACUACCUCGUGAUGGGAGUAACCUUCCUCAACUACUACCGCGCCUGUAAAGCUCAAGGCGUCGACCGACGACAGAUGCCCUACUAUGGUCGCUUCCAGCCAUACUGCGCUUACAUUGGUCUCGUCUUCCAGUUCUGCGUUGUUAUGUGCUACGGCUACAAAUCAUUCCAGCCCUGGAACGUCGAGUCGUUCUUCCAGAACUACACCAUGCAAUUCGUUGCGCCCUGUCUUUUCAUCUUCUGGAAGGUUUACAAGAAGACCCGCUGGCUCAAGCCCCAUGAGGUUGAUCUCACUUGGGAGCGUCCUGUCAUCGAGGCUUACGAGAACUCCAUCACAACGCCCCCCACGGGCUUCUGGCAGGAGAUGGGAGAGCUCGUCGGUAUCAAGAAGAAGACAUACUCUGACGAGUAA